UGCCCGUGUACGUUCCAGCUGACUCUUGCUACGAUACGGAGCGCUCGCUUUACCGAGUGCCCGGAGAAAGAAAGAAAGAGAGAGAGAAAGAAAGAAAGAGGUUGCAGAGGUUAGCUACAAAAAUAACGAGAGAGAGAGAGAGCAACAAAGAGGGUAGAGGAAUAAUAACAGCCAUCAGUCUUGACCGUCACCGCUCACGUUUAAUUUGUUUAUUAUAUUCCGAAGAGGGGAACCGUCUUUUUAUUUGCAGACGGAGUUUUUUUUUCUCCCCCAGCUCUCUGUUCAUUCGAUUCUGUUUGAUUUUAUAGUUUACUCGCAGUUUCCUGCCGACUGUGUGGGACUCAAUCGUAUCUCUGCCUCCAUGGACGCCCGUCUAAUCCAACUCAUUCGUUUUUUCGGGGAAUAUUUCUGUCCUGGCCGCGAGGAGCACCAGUUAAACGCGAUGACACACGUCAACAAAUGAGCGGCGACCCCACGGAAGGUUUACUGAACGCCAAACAAUCGGCACAAUCUUCUUUAAAGGGAGCCAGUGCGCUCGAAGAGGAUGAAGUACAACUCCGGCAUCUUUCUCACUUGAGCGGACCCUACAGAACGCCAGUUCGCUUCAGGUUCCUAAUGGGAACGCGUUAGGGCUUUGAAUUCGAAUUUAAAUGCUCAUGAACUUCCAUACGCGCGCCGCUACCCGAGGUUCGUUCGACUGCCAAACUCUGUGUUUUUGUACGUUUCUACUUUUGAUUGGAACACUUGAUUCAGUCAACCAGCUCAACUGUCCAGUGAUCUGAAAAGUUAUUAACUGGUUAAACCUGGACUAGGUGUUACACCGAGGAAUGUCCAGGCCAAUUUCUCAGCUAUUGCCACCUGACCUUCCAGCAGGGACCAGUCCACAGCUCGGUCCUGCUAACCCUGCAGGUACCACCACAAAUGGCCACCUGAAUAAUUCCAUGGCCAGUCUAAAAUCCCUUCUUCAGCUGCCUAUUAAAGGGGACCAGAGAGGGAAAGACUGCUGUGCAGAGAUGAAAGAUAAAGACAAACCCCUGGACUCCGAUGAGGAUUCAUUGGGUGGAGUUGGGGGCAUGAACGGUGGGAACGGCUCCCUGCGUUCCACUAACCAGUCCGCCUUCCUCGGCCCAUUGCUAUGGGAGCGUACAUUGCCGUGUGAUGGCGGCCUGUUCCAGCUACAGUACAUGGACCUGGAGGAGUUCUUGACAGAGAAUGGGAUGGGGUGUAUGCCGUCAGGAAACACCUGCAGUACGGCUGCUCAGGUCCCUUCCCAAAGCACGCAAUCGGCCGUACCAAGUCAGAGUUCCCAGUGCCCACCUUCUUCCUCUCCGCCCUGCUCUUCCUCUGCAUCCUCCAUCUCUUCCCUCUCCUCAUCAUCUUCAUCAUCUUCUUUGCUGGGUCUGGACGUGCCGCAGGGCCCUGGACUGCUCGGAGGUCCGGAGUGUCUGCAUGGGGCUCAAACCGUACCACCUGACCCUUCUCCGAGCCCGUCCUGCCCACCCCCGCCGGUGGUGCCUCCCACCAAUGCGGCCGAUGUCAUGGUGAACUUUGAUCCCGACCCCGCUGACCUGGCCCUGUCCAGUGUGCCAGGCCAGGAGGCGUUCGACCCGCGCAGGCAUCGCUUCACAGAAGAAGAGCUCAAGCCUCAGCCCAUGAUCAAGAAGGCACGCAAAAUGCUGGUGCCAGACGAUCAGAAGGAUGACAAGUACUGGAGCCGACGCUUCAAAAACAACGAAGCAGCAAAGCGUUCUCGCGAUGCCCGCCGACUAAAGGAGAACCAGAUUUCAGUCCGAGCGGCGUUCCUGGAGCGGGAGAACGCCGCCCUUCGCCAAGAAGUCGCUGAUAUGCGAAAAGAGCUGGGCCGCUGUCGCAACAUCAUCAGCAAAUACGAGACCCGCCACGGAGACCUAUGAAGAAGAAAAAGGAGGAACGGAAGGAAGAGAAAGACACAAUUACUGAUUUUGAAAUGGCGUUUCAAGGGCUGUUCAACUCAUCGCGGAAAGGCAUUUUCUCGUAGCGUUUGCUUCAAAUAAGCACUACGAUGUACUCUGUUCGCCGAUUUACGUUUCUUUCCAUACCUGCAGGGAUCGGUCGAAUUAGCCGGCGUGGUGCUUGGUUGAAACAAAUACUCGAAAAUAGUGGUUCGAAGUUGAACAACCCCCAACGCGAGAGAUGUGCACAAGGUCUACCUGUACUGUAAGCACAAGUGCAUUUCAUAAGCAUCGGCUCCUCUGCUACGAUACACCCCAAACCUCGACCGAGGAUGUGCAAUCCGGUCUCAUAAAUACUCACGGAUCAUAAAGGCAGACCGUUUAUUAUGUCACGUAGCCCUUGUGAACAUCCUCUUUCUAUACGGGAUGAUUUUCUCAGAGAGAGAACUAUACAGGAGGCGGCAGAGAUGUAAUUUUUUUCUAUGACAAAAAAAAACAAAACACAUUGUAUAUUUUUGAACUGUUAGGGUCAGCUAUAAUAGAGCAGAUGAAGAGGCGGAGGAGGAAGGCGGACGGCGGGGAGAGUGCGAAAGAGAUUUUGACAUAGGAAAACUGUAUAUUUUUAUACUUGCGGAAGCAGGCAGGCGAUGAGAUUUUGGAAAUAAUCUUUUUUGUAUAUUUUAUAUAUGGGUGGGAGGGCGCGGGGAGCUGGACCGAAAGAGGGCUAUAUGAAGAAAAAGUCAGGAUCGUUAUCAUUAAAUGAUAUAAUUUCAACAUCAGGAGCAGUCAGGCCGGUCAGGGAGAACAAGGCUAAAGGGACGAACGUCAAUAAGAGUUACGAAAAGAAGCGGAGCUGAUGAGAAACGAAAAAUAACUGUAUAGUUUCAAAUUUUCAUCAUGGAUUUGUUCAAGCACUUAUUUAAUUCCUUUUCUUAAAAUUCAGUGUGUGUGUUUGUUUUAUCCUGAGGUGAGAGAGAGAGACGGAGAAAGAGAGAGAGAGAGAAAGAUGGCGUUACAUCCUGUCAUUAUGUCUCUGGGAGUCGUGAAAUGUGUACAAGAUUUUUCUGUGUAUAUAUUUAAAUGUCAAAAUAGACACGCACUCACACACACACUCUUUUGAACACAAACUGGACGUGGGUUUUCAUGGCCAGUAUGUUUUAUAUAUAUAUAUAUAUAUAUAUAUGCACAGACAGACUCUUUGAAGACGUGAACCACAGAACUGUUAAACACAGCAAUAUCCUUUCUCUCUCUUUCUCUGUUCCUCGAGCUUUUGACGUCGUGAUCGGUGCUGGUUUGGCAUUUCUCACCCAGGUCGAGUCGGCAGCAAGUGGGUUUGCAUGCUGGCGCAUGCUUGCGUAUUUUUUUCCGCCGCAGGAAAAAACACUCUUCGUGUUUACGACCGUCAUUUUAUAUGGUGCUCACCCAGUCUCUUGACCCAGACGCACAUAACCCAACAGUUAUAACCUGUUUGCCUAUAACCUUUGCUCUCUUAUGAUUUCUUAUGAUUAUUGAUCAUUGUAUGAGGGAUCGUAUACAUAUAUAUAUACAUAGACCUACACAAGUAUAUCUAUACAUUUCCUCAAAAUUAAACCCCCCCCACCCCACCCCCCCAAAAAACAUGCACCCUAAUACUACUGUACCAUACAAAGUACAAUAUUAUAUUAUAUAUUAAAUAUUAAACUAUUCUCUCACUAGAUAUAUGUGUGUACAUGAGUAUAUGCUUGAAUAUGUGACUAUAGAUGUAAUUUGCAUAACUUGAAUAUAUAAAUGUAGUAUCUUUCCGAUAAAAAAGACAGAUCUGAUUUCUUAUGCGUUUUCUCAGGUGUCUGGGAUGACUAUAAAAAAAACACGCCACGCUGAUCAGCGAUACUGUGGCUUUUUCUUGCUCGAUUGUUGUCCGAUUUUUUCGAAAAGCCAGCUAACGGUGGCUGUAUGAUUCCACGGAAACUAAUAGUGCACUACCAACUAUUUUUGGAAGAAGAUUCUGUUAAAAAAAAGAAAAGGACAAAAAAACAACAACAACAACAACAAAAAAAAACAGUGCUGGAUAUAUAACUUUAUUACUUUACAGAUAGGAAUUUAAUGUCUUUUCAUUUUGAACCUUGUUGCUCUAUUAUUACGAUUGCUUGCAUUAUCAUUGCUGUUGUUAUGAUUAUAAUUCUCACGUUUCUUUUCAGCGUUUUCAACUUACUUUUUGAAGGAAAUGUAUUGCUCUCUUACCUCCCUUGUAACUGCAAGACCAUCUUGAAUUACUCAGUUGAGCCCGUUCACUGUUUUGGAACCAUCCACCGAGACUGUGCAAGGCCUCAAGUGCAAUGGGGGGGCCGUAAUCUUGUCCUUGUGUGUAUGAAUUUGAUAUAACCUGAAACAAACAAAUAGUAGACUGACUGUUCCUUUCUCUUGACAGAACUUCUUCUUCUACCACCUUUGACUCGCUACUUUUUGAUGCCAUGUCAAAGACGUACAGUUUGUUUAAAAGAAGCUUAAAGCAAGUGAAGGUUGAAUCCUUAAAGAGCUUAAAAACUUUUGACAGUGCUAUUUUUCUAUGUAACUGUGUGCACAUACUCUUUCAUGGGCAUUGGUAGCCCGUCGUUGCUUUUGUGGUGACGGCGCGCUGCUAAAUGUUAUUGCGGGUAUUGUAUUCAUCAUUUUAUCCCUUUUUCCACAUGUGGAUUAUGAACAGCUCCCUGUCUGUGACUGUUAUGAACUAUGAAUCUCAUGAGUGCACCACUACCAAACAUCACUUGGUAAUGUCUACUGUUCCUGCCUAUAGGGAUGCUGGGAAAUGUGGUCUGGCUUUUUUCCCCCUCUCAAAACACCAAUAAAUAAUUACCCCUGUUCACUGACAAUGAA